GUGGACACGUCCACCAUGACACGGGACCAGCUGGAGCAGUUUGCGCUCAAACUGAAGGAGGAAAUGGAACGCGAACGUGAAGAGAGAAACUUCUUUCAAUUAGAACGUGAUAAAGUUCGCACAUUCUGGGAGAUUACCAGAGGACAAUUGGAGGAAACCCGCUAUGAGGUCCGUCAUAAGGAUCAUGAAGUGGAGAUGGCACAGGAGCUGGCUGACAUCGAUACCAAACACAUUGUGCAACAAAUGAAGCAUCUACAGUAUGAAAACCAGAAUAAAAUUGGUGAAAUACGCGCUGAGGCAAUGACACAACUGAAGCUUGCCCAAGAAGAUCAUGUGGCGCAGGAGCAGGAGUUGCUCAAGGAUAAACGCGAGCUGCGCCGAUUGCUGCGCGAACGAGAGGAAACGCACGAAUUGCAAAUUCAGCAGCUAAAAAUGAAACACAACGAUGAGAUGGCCCAGGCGCGCAUUCAGUUCCAGCGAGAAGCCAAGGACAUGGAACUUUUGCACGAAGAGAAGAUGAAGGCGCUGAAAAACGAAAUCGAGCUUGCCUAUCGCAUGCAAAUGUUCGAAGUGGAAGAACGAAAGAACACACAGAUUCAACGAUUGAUCGAGAGCCACGACACCGCCUUCAACGACAUGAAGAACUAUUACAACGACAUCACGCUGAACAAUUUGGGACUAAUUAGCAGUUUGAAGGAUCAACUUGAAGUGUUGCGCAAACAAUCGGAACGCAGUGAGCGCACCGCCACCGAAGUAUCCGCUGAGAACCGCAAAUUGAAAGAACCACUAGAGGCGGCACAAGCUGAACUGGCCGACAUGCGUCGCAAAAUGGAGCACUUUGAGCGCGAUCGUAGUCAGCUGGCACGCCUUAAAGUACGCAACACAUACAUUGAAAAGCAACUGAAGGCGCUUACAUGGGAAACGGAGACGCUGCUACUUCGUAACGACACCCUCAAGAAAGAACGUGAAGAACUCAAAGCGAAAUUCGAUGAAGUCGUUACGGAGUUGCAACAGAAGACCGGCUUAAAAAAUGUGCUGCUCGAACGCAAGAUCAGCAUGUUGGAGCGUGAAAAUGAGAAACGCGAUUUAUUGUUGAAGCAGACACAAAUGAUGUGCGGUGCUACCGGUGAAGCCUCAAAAAGUCUGGAGAAGCAAGUCAGCUCAGUACUGGAUGAGAAAAACAAAAUAAUCGAAGACUUGCGCUACGAAUUGGUGCGUGUCGUUAAGGCGCACGACGACCUACUCGCCACAUACGAAUCCAAGCUGGUGCAGUUCGGCAUACCACAAGACGAAUUGGGCUUCGAGCCGCUGCGCUUGUCCGAGAAGCAUCGUUAUUUAUGCGGUCCAGCUGGCCUGGUGACCAAAAAUCAAUGA